AUGUGGAUAUGGUGGAAGUGGGUGGAGAUGGACUUGGCGGUGAUGGAUGACGAAGAGAGCGAGGGAGGCGGUGAAUGGCUGUGUUGCGGCGUGUGUGAUGAGCCUUACAGCAGUAGACGAACACCUCGGAACCUGGAGUGCGGUCAUACCUUCUGCAGCGCCUGCAUGACCCAGGUGCUGGCCAGGGACAGACGGUGUCCUGAGUGCCGAGCCAGCAUCACCGCAAUCUCUGUCACCUCUCUGCCCAUCAGCUACGCCAUCCUCAGAUUGUCUUCCUCCGCCACGGUCCACACUCGCCGCAGAAGCAACUCCCUUCCAGAGAUCAUCCCUGGCAGCGAGCAGAACGCCGGUGUGUGCAGAGCCCACGGUGACCUGCUCUACUUCAGGUGCCAGAGCUGCUGCAUGUGGGCAUGUAUAGAGUGUGUGGUGCUGGAGCAUCGUGGCACUAACUUGGGCUUCUGCAGAGUCGUCAGGGCUUUCCAGGCGGUGCUCGAGGUGAAUAUGGAAAAUGAAAAAUUCAGACGAUCUCUGAUGAAGAAGCUUGCAAGCGUAGAAAAAAAGUUGUCUGCGGAGAAGUCGUGUUUGGCGAGGGAGUGGGGGCGGCACCUGGAAAGGAUCACUCGCCUACGUUCGCAGUUACACGAAGAAAAGAAAGUGGUUGUUGACAUUCAACGUAAAAACGAAGAGAUGAACAAAAUACAGAAGGAUUUGGAGGCUUGGAGUGCAACGGUCCGAGACUUAUACACAGAGAUACAGCCAGGGGGGUCUCUAAGAGAGGCGACGGUGGCGCUGCAGAACACCGCUGAUGGUCUGAAGUCUGUGGAGCUUAGUAUUGAGCUGGCGGAGCUGCACAUGCAGCCGCUGCUAGCAGCCUCACGAGUACCCAAGAUGCCUGACAUCAACCCAAGGUAG